GCAGUGUUAGCGCCACCUUUUGUCGUAAUUCGUUAAUUUGAGAUCCCGCGCGCCAAGGCUCUGUCAAUGAGUCCGAUACUACACAGAAUCGGGUUCUUUUCUUCGAUUUUCAUCUUUACAUCAAUAACAUCACGAAAAUAAUGGACCCACAGAAGCUAGUUGAGAUCCUACAAGGGACUAUUCACCCGGAAUUGAGAGAAACUGCGGAGAAACAACUCGACGAAGUUCAUAAAAUCAUCGGUUUCACUCCCACAUUGCUGCAUACAGUGAUGGAUGAGAAUCACCCCUUCCUCGUCCGCCAGGCCGGCGUCAUCUAUCUCAAGAACAUGGUAACCCAGUUCUGGCAACAAAGGGAGGUCGAGACUCCCCUUGAACCGAUCCCGUUCAGCAUCCACGAGAACGACAAGAAUCUCAUCCGGGACAACAUCAUCAAGGCCAUCAUCUCUCUCCCGGAACUCCUAAGAGUUCAGCUAUGUGUGUGUCUGAGCACAAUGUUGAAACAGGAUUACCCUGGAAAGUGGGAAGGAGUUGUUCGAUCCAUCGUGGGAUACAUAAGCUCUGAUGACACCUCCGUUUGGUUUGGAGGAUUCCUGGCUGUCUAUCAACUAGUCAAGAAUUACGAAUUCAAGCAACCUGAGGACCGAGGUCCAUUGAAGGAAGCAAUGAAGUGCAUUUUACCAUGGAUGUCACAGCGAUGUGCCCAGUGUUUACCCGACGCCUCAGAACCCUCGGUGCUUCUCCAGAAACUCAUUCUCAAAAUCUUCUAUGCUCUUAUCCAGUACAAUCUACCACAAGAUGUAGUCACCAGGGAAAUCUUCACCCAGUGGAUGGAUAUCAUCACCGCCAUCUUGGAACACCCAAUACCAGCAAGCACAUUAGAGGUUGAUGUAGAUGAUAGACCGGAGUUGCCCUGGUGGAAAGCAAAGAAAUGGUCCCUUCAUAUACUCUCAAGAGUCUUUGAAAGGUAUGGAAGUCCGGGUAACGUUACCAAGGAAUAUGUCAAGUUCUCGGACUGGUAUCUUAAAAAGUUCACAGUUAGCAUCUUGACCAAUGUGCUGCGCAUACUGGAGCAAUACAGACUGAAGAACUACGUAGCUCCUCGAGUCAUGCAACUAGCUCUCAACUAUCUCAACACAGCUGUCAGUCACGGUCACUCUUGGAAGGUCAUCAAACCUCAUAUUGAUACGAUGAUCCAAGAUGUGUUAUUUCCCUUGAUGUGUUACACCGAUGAAGACGAUGAACUAUGGAGAGACGACCCCUAUGAAUAUAUCAGACUGAAGUUUGAUGUCUUUGAAGACUUCAUCUCCCCUGUGACUGCCGCUCAGACGGUCCUCCACUCAAGCGCAAGCAAGAGGAAAGAGGUUCUCUCGAAGACCAUGGGUUUCUGUAUACAAGUCGUCACCGAACCCACCGUAGACCCUCGCAAGAAAGAUGGCGCCCUUCAUAUGAUUGGAACGCUUGCUGAAAUCCUCCUCAAGAAAAAGAUCUACAAAGACCAAAUGGAGCAGAUGCUGGUGUCCCACAUUUUCCCAGAAUUCUCGAGUCCGCAUGGCUACAUGAGAGCUAGGGCCAACUGGGUGGUGCACUCUUUCAGCGAGGUUAAAUUCCGCUCCGAAGCGAACCUGAUGCAAGCCUUAGAGUUGACGAGAAAGUGUCUGAUCGGCGAUACGGACAUGCCUGUUAGGGUUGAAGCUGCCUUUGCCCUUCAGAUGUUGAUCACUAGUCAUGAUAAAGGAAAAGAACUCAUGGAACCGCACGUCAAGGAAGUCAUCACAGCUCUUCUUGUUGUGAUACGAGAAACCGAGAACGAUGACUUGACUAAUGUAAUGCAGAAGCUCAUAUGCACCUAUGGUGACGAGAUUAUUCCCAUCGCUGUUGACAUCACAACCCACUUGGCUGAUACCUUUUCUAAUGUAAUAAAUAGUGAUGAUGCAUCUGAUGACAAGGCUAUUACAGCUAUGGGAAUCCUCAACACGAUAGAGACUAUUCUCAAUGUGGUCGAAGACAAAGAGGAGAUUGUUUUGGAGCUUGAGAAGAAGAUUCUACAGGUUGUCGGUGUUGUGCUUAGGAACCAUGUAAUAGAUUUCUAUGAGGAAGUGUUUUCGUUGAUCUUCAGUAUGACGUGCACCCAUGUCUCUCCACCCCUAUGGGAAGUCUUCUAUUAUCUCUUUGAGACCUUCGCUGCUGAUGGAUUUGAUUUCUUUGUUGAAAUGAUGCCAGCUCUUCAUAAUUAUGUCACCACCGACCCUACUGCCUUUGUUAGUCAACCUAAACAUCUUCAAAUCAUCUAUGAGAUGUGUAAAAAGGUACUAACAGAGGAAACAGAUGAGGAUGCUCAAAGCCAUGCUGCCAAACUUCUUGAGGUUGUUCUUAUCCAAUACAAGGGACAGAUUGAUGAUGUGGUGCCACUUUUUGUUGAGCUUGCCCUAGCCAGGCUGACAAGGGAGGUAAAGACUACUGAACUCAGGCAGAUGUGCCUUCAGGUUGUAAUAUCAGCGCUCUACUACAGCCCUCUUAAACUCUUAGAACUCCUAGACAAGGUUAGGAUACCAAACACCAAUGAGGCAGUUACUGUCCAGUUCAUCAAGCAAUGGCUCAAAGACACUGAUUGUUUCUUAGGGCUUCAUGAUCGCAAGAUGUGUGUCCUUGGUAUGUGCAUGCUGGUAUCGCUACCAAACAGACCAGCUGUCGUCAAUGAAUUGGCCAACGAGUUCUUACCAUCUCUUCUUCUCCUCUUCAAAGGCCUCAAGCGAGCGUAUCAAUGCCGGGCUGAAGCGGAGGAGGACGAUUCGGAUGAGGAGGAGGAUGAUAGUGAUUUUGAAGAAGAUGAGCUGGAAAGCGACGAAGAUGAGAUUGAUGAAGAUGGAGCCGAAUAUCUGGAGAGAUUAGAGAAAGCGGCUGCAGAUAGAAACGAUGAUGAUGAUGAUGAGGUAUAUGAAGAGACUGCUUUAGAGGGAUACAACACAAUCCUAGAUGAUGAUGAAGAUGCUGAUGAUGAGUACAUUGUCUUCAAGAACAUCAUGAAAACUAUCCAGGCGACGGAUAAUGGUUGGUACAGCGCCCUCACGAGUCAGUUGACACCGGAGCAACAGCAGGAGCUUCAAGAAAUAGUUGUUUUAGCCGACCAAAGAGCAGCAGCAGCAGAAUCCAAGAAGAUCGAGCAGGCCGGUGGUUACAAGUUUGAAACCACUACAGUUCCUACUUCUUUCAACUUUGGUAACGGAGGAUCAUGAGUGUCUGACUUCAAGACUAGCACUACAUCCAUGCAAAAUCCAAAUGACUCUUUAUAACGGUAUCUGCAUCUCCAUCGGAAUUCCCUUUCAUCUUGUUUAUUUUCUUAUCCUGAAGGAAAGAAAAGAGGAUUGUUACUCCUUACCUUUGGCAGUUAUGGACAUCACAAAGAUUGACCCGAUUACCUUUGUGUAUCUCGACUUUGGGUCAAGGGGUCAAAGUUCACUGUGCUCGUGGAUCACCUAGGAAUGAAUUCUGACAUUUGGUUGACCUUCGAACUUAGGUCACGCACAGAUUGACAAGGUCAAGGUCGAAUAGAGUUGUCGGACAAAUCUUUGUAAUAGGAUGCUGUUUUGUCCCUCAACCCAUCUUCACAUGGGUGAUGUAUGAUUAUUGAAGUGUAUUAAAUUCAUUAUCAAUUAUUAUACAGUUGUUCUAACAUAUUUAACAUGAACUAAGAGAACAAAAGUGGUUAAUUUGCAUGAUCUUCAUUCCUGCGUUUGCUCCAUGCACCAAUUUUGUUGUGUAAUCUCUUUUGAAAUGACAAAAAAAUCAAACGUAUGAAAUAAAAUGAGUAAAAUACUAUUGGGAAAAUGUUUGUGUUUGAUGCAUUGCAUGGAGAUUGUUAUCAGAUAGUUUGCAGAGCUUUCUAUUGUAUGCGAUGUUGAUAAGAACCGUAGAUAGGAGUCCAGUCUCUCUUGCUAGCAUGAAAGGCCAUCCUGCCCCUGGUUGGCUAUGGAAGGCCAACCUGUCCCUUGUUUCUCUCACCAUCAAUUCUUUAUAAAAUACACAAAUAAUGGCACAAAUACCAACCAAAUUACGGAUAAACUUGCAUUAGUAGGCCUAUCAUAUCACAAAGUUAGCGAUCAAUCGCUAAUUUGUAAGAAUAGUUCUGAUUAGCUUCUAGUCAGUCUACUGAGCAAAAUGCGAAUGCAAGGAUCUUGAUAGGCCAUUUUAUUAAGCGAUUAAUCACUAAGCUUGACUAGGUAUUUCUUAAUUAAAUCUCUUACUAUAACUUUUGUUGAAUAAAAAAGAGAAGUAAUGUCUGUUCAUGUCAUUUUAUAGUAGUUAACAAUUUUACUCACUUUUGUUUUUAAUUAUGAAAUGUAAAAAGCAUACAUGAAUAAUAUAAGGCCAGGUUAAAAAGUGGAUGUUGCUAGAUUUGUUGUCAUUGAUAUUGUUGAUAUUGAGAUGUUCACAGAAAAUGUAUUAUUGCUUUGAAAAUCUGUGAAAUCAAUUAGUAUCUUUUCAUUUUUAACCUGGCCUUGUAUCAGUCAUGCUUUAGGUGUCAUUACAAUAUUUAAUCUUUUUUAUUAGAAAAAUGGAGAACCAUUUCAUUAUCAAAUACAAGUACUCAUUUUCCAGAGGAAAAUAUAGAUACUUAUUAUAAUCUAUUAAAAUGAAAUUAGGGGUAUCUCACCAAAUAAUCCUGUAUCAGCACAAAUCAAAGAUAAAUAAUUAAAAAAAAAAAGAAUUAUUGAUCACAAAAAUGAACACAACCAUACAACUUUAAGUAGUACCUAUUUGAAUAAAAAUUCUUGAAAUAUACCAAUAAGGUAAUGUCCUACUUUUUUGUUUACAUAUUACCAAUCUAUCUGCUCACACUAUGUUUAGGUAAACCCCUAUUUGGGUAAAAACAAAAGAUAAUUUAUUUGGUUGUGUCUUUUGCAUUUGGAGGCAGAAGUCUGACUAUUCUCUUGAGAAAAUAAAAAAAUUUUCCCCUCUUUUCAACAAUUCUCUCUUAUUUGUUUCUUCGUUUAUUUUCUCAUCAGGUCAUAUAUAUGUAUUACAAAUAAUUAAUGUUAUAAUAUUUAUCUUUCUGCAUGUUUAUUAUAGUAAUUGAUUUGAUUCUAUUAUUCUCAGUCUUCCUUUAUAAAUUUGUAACAUAUAAUCAAUUGUGCACAAGCUGAGUCAGUCUACAUCCAUUUUAAGCCUUUUGCAGGACAUCAAACCAAAUAUCAUCUGAAUUUCAAUAAAAAACAAAAUAAAAGAA